AUGACGCAGUCUCCUAUACUAUCCUACAAAAAACCAAGCAAAGACCAGGCAGCCACAGCCACAGCCACAGCCGCAUCAACAUCAUCAGCAACACUUACUCCAAGAACCAGUUUUUCACCCAGUGUAUCGGCAACACCAUCAAACACUUCAUCACCCCAAUUACCACCACACACUUCUCAACCUAGAAAAGUGUCGUCGCGACGUAAAGCGUUGCAGGAGUUUUACCAUUUGCAACAACAGCAAUCAGAGUCUAAUCAAGAGCAAAAUGAUAAAGAUAAGCUGGAUAAAGAUAACGUGUUAAAUACAGAUACUAAACCAACCAAGUCGGAAGUUGAACCAUCUGAUUUAAAAACAGCUGAAGAUGUGGAGAAAUUCAUCAAAACAUCGUCCACAAAAGACAUACUCAAACUCCGCAACAAGAUCCAACUGCAACUAAGCUCCUCGAGCCAGAAGAAGAAGGAGAUAAUUUACGACAACUACUAUGAACUCAUCAAGUUGAGCAACAUGUUGGGGGAUUUAUCAGAGUCAAACAAGCUGAUUGCAAACAUUGCAACUCAGCAAGACUUACAGAAGAUUGAUUCGCUAAGUGGGUUUAAAAUCUUUAAUCAACCUUCAAGCAAUGAUGCGGAGGGAUCUAGUCAGGUGUCAGUUGAUGCUUAUUUGGAUGAGGUAUUGAACGACUUAUCCAAUUUUAACCAAACUACAAUCAAGAAAUUCACUACUGGUGGGUUCAAUAAGGUGCUAAAUCGAUUAAAUCGGUAUGCUGAUCGUGCUGAGUCGAAUGCAAGCGUGGCUGGGAUAUACAACGAAUCAACGAAUGGGGGUGGAAACGUACGGGACGAUGUAGUAGAUAAGCAAGAUGUUAUCAAUGAAAUCGGCUACAUUCUAAACUUACCAAAUCGACAAUUGCAAGAGCAUGAAAGGGCUAAUGCCGAGUCCAAGAUUGAUAAAAUUCUACAGUCUACGAAAAGCGAAGCUUUGAAAUUGCAAUUAAACACAAUCAAGAGCCGAAUGUAUUAA